ACCGCCUCGUGCUGUACUCGCUUCUGGGUGGCCCUUAAUGUCUCUGAGGUGCUGAGGGGAAAGACGCGGGAGGUCUCUAGCCUGACACUAUGGAGGAAGAGAGAAGCUACAACUUCGACGGUGUGAGCACCAACCGCCUGAAACAGCAGUUGCUGGAAGAAAUCCGCAAGAAGGAUGCAGUGCAACUCUCAAUAUUUGAACUAAGACACAAGAUUAUGGAACUGGAAGCCAAACUCAAUACUGACAAUGAAGGUAAUGAAUGGAAAACCCGUUAUGAGACACAACUUGAAUUAAAUGAUCAACUAGAAAAGCAAAUUGUUUAUCUCAAGGAGAAGAUGGAAAAAAUCCGUGGAAACUCUUCAGAUAGACUAUCUUCUAUUCGUGUCUAUGAACAAAUGCCAGUGGAAUCCUUAAACACAUUACUUAAACAGCUAGAAAAAGAAAAGAGGACUCUUGAAAGUCAAGUGAAAUACUAUGCACUUCAACUGGAACAAGAAUCAAAGGCUUACCAGAAGAUCAACAAUGAACGCCGUACAUACCUAGCUGAAAUGUCUCAGGGUUCUGGUUUACAUCAAGUUUCUAAAAGGCAACAGAUGGAUCAACUGCCUAGGAUGCAAGAGAAUCUAGUGAAAACUGGAAGAUAUAAUCCAACUAAGCAGAAGACAGUGAGUGCCAAGAGAGGACCAGUAAAAAAGAUUACAAGAUCAAACCAUCUUCCAGAACUCCAUCCAUGAUUCCAGAACUGGGUGGAUUUCUAUUUCUUCCUUUUUUUUUUCAUUUAUAAUAUUCAACUUAUGAAGUUAAUGGUCAGCACAUUUCUUCAGGGAAUAAAAUAGAUAAGAACUGCCCAAUUUUUCUUUAGCUCCUUUUCCAGAUGUGUGUUCCUUUGUCUGCAUAAAAGUAAUUUUCUCCAGUGACCCUAAACUAUGUAAUAGAAGUGCUUGAGAGUUUUAAAAUAUCCUAGGGAAUCUGAAGGCUAGCAUCAUUACACUUGCUUUUAAUAAUAUACCCAUGAUCUGCUCUGAUAGUAACAUUGCUAUUCUAUUUGGUUUCUAGUUGACUGUUAGCAAAAAGUGUGUAUUCAUAAAACCUUUUUGCCAUUUUGGGCUGGAUCUUGCUCAGUUUUUUAAAUUGCAGGUUUAAACAAAGCC